ACUUUCGCCUACGGUCGCAGUUCGGAACCAGAGCAAACCUACUAAGUUGAAAACAUUGCUGCGCUUAAAUCACCGGGGCCGUUCGAAUGGCUGUCCCUAAUCCGCUGUCCAACGAGCACCUCGGACCGGGAAAUGAAGCACCAGCCGCCAACCCUUCAUUCCAACGAUCGAGCAGCAGAAAUCGAAUAUCUGACGAACAGAUCCACUCCUCGGCAUGCGGCAGUGCCAUCGAAAUCAACUACGACGAAGAAAGCCGCCCCGCAGUCAAUCCGUUUAACCUAGAGUGGGCGUUUGGAAGUCGACCCGGAGGACAAGUGCUGAACUUAUCCCACGAUGGACAAGGACUGGUGGCGUAUUGCAACGCCCACGCCGUCGUGCUGUACGACUACAAGGCCCACGCCCAACGUCUCUUGCUGGGGCAUGUAAGUACAGUACUUUCGGACUAGCUGUCUACGUGCUCAAAGAAUACGAAACGCUCACCGUGACGUCAUUUGAUGUCAAUAUGCUAAAUUUCGUCAAACAAUCAUUAUUUUUAGGUCAUUAUUUUGACUUCCUUUGACUGCCCUGUGAGUGUUAUGUGUUCCUUGAGCGGGAUCGGCUAAACCUCCACUAGUAGUUUCUGAACAUAGUCGCCGUUUGGGACAGAGAAAUGCCGUGACAUCCAUGGCCAUCGACGCAAGUGGCAGUUGGCUGGUGUCAGCGGACGGCGGAGUCAUACAGGAGCCGAGCUGUGUCAUUUUGUGGAA